UGUCAAUGGUGUCCCUAUUAACUUUAUGGAAGGUUAAUGACUAAGGAGCUCAUAUUUUUACUUUUUUUUUUUUUAAUGUGGACCAAAUGAGAUCACUGUCCUGUUUCUCAAAUUCUGUAAAUUUUAUUCGGUCAGACCGGUAGCUAGAAUUUCUGAAAAGACAGGCAUUUAAAAAAUUCUUUCAUUUCCAUUGAACAUCGGCAUUGAAUAAGUUCACCAAUAAAUUUAGCUCGGACCUUUUCAACGAGCUAAGUCAUUUUUCACCUUCAUAGUAAUCUAACAGAUUAUCAAAACAUCCCAUUGUCUCUUAUGUACCUCCUAUAUAUGCUUAGAAUAGGCCAAAUGGAUUUAGUAAAUGGAGACAUUAUUUGAGGAUACUCUACUUCUAUUUUUCAAUUACUUAACAUUUUUUUUAAAAAAAUAGUUUUAGUUUCCCUUCAAAAUUUCUUGCAUUAUGUCCAGAAAGAAAAUCUUUCUUCUUCUUUUUUUUUUUUUUUAGUUUUUGUUGUUCUUCCCAAAAAAAAAAAGACAAAUAAAUAAAAAGGAAGAAGAAAAGAAAAUUCAGGAUAUAUGAGAAAUGUUUAUGUGAUGUUCUUCUGCUGGUCGGUGGAAUAAAUUAAGACUACUGCUAGGAGCUAACUUUUUCUUCCCUAUGUUUCCAACCAGUUGUACUCUCCAGAGCUAAAUUAAAUUGAUGAUUGUACAUGGGAAUUCUUUGUAUCAAUUAAUUUUUUGCAAUUUGAUAAACACACUGAGUGAAAAGUACAACUAGUACUUGAGUAAAUGAUUAAGGAACAACACUCAUGAAUUGUUGGCCUAUGGCCGCUUAACGAUAUUAUCCUGUGAAUCUCAGUGUCACUAAUUUUGGAAUUUACAAUUGCCUCCUCAAAUAUUUCAAUUACAAUGCAAACAAACCUGGCUAUUGGCUAGUAUAUAGGUGACCCCCUUGACAUAUGUUAAUUACUCCCUUCCCAAAUGAUGGUGCUUCAAAGGGAGUAUUUAGUAGUUUUUGGGGAACCAGAGUUGUAAUUUGCCAGUACAAGAAAUAUCUAAAGUUUUCUACUCAUUUGAAUAAACAUUCAGGGAUGUUUGGGGAUCAAGACCUUAUACUUCAGUCAUCUAGCCAUGGUUGUUGCCAUCCACCAACGGAGGGACUGAAAGCCGAUGAUGUAGCUCCUCGUUUGGUUUUCCAUUACGGUAUCCCUUCAGGAUCGACUUUGUUGGCUUAUAACCCUGUCCAGAAAAUUUUAGCCAUUUCAACUCGAGAUGGACGCAUCAAACUAUUUGGGAAGAAUGGGAGUCAGGCCCUUUUUGAAUCUCCUGAGUUGUUGCCUAGCAAAUUUCUCCAGUUUAUUGAAAACCAAUCUAUCCUCUUGAACAUUAACACAAAAAACCAGAUUGAGGUUUGGGAUUUAGAAAAGAGAUGCCUGUCUCAUGUUCAUGACUUUAAAAAGGAUAUCACCUGUUGUACAUCCAUGUCUCAUGCUCCUUACGUGUACAUCGGAGAUUCUCUUGGCAAUGUUUCAGUUUUUAAGGUUCAUCAUGAGGCAUAUACCAUAGAGCAGAUGAAAUACAGAAUACCAUUCUCAGCAUCUCAUGGGAUCUCUGAUGAAGCUGCUGCUGAUAUAGCUGUGAUCCAAAUAUUACCUCAUCCUACAGCUGAAAGCAAGAGGGUUCUCAUCAUCUAUGCUGAUGGUAUUAUGACCCUAUGGGAAAUUCAAGAAAGCAAAGCCAUCUAUACAACUGCUGGAAUGACAUUCCAAUCAAUAUCACAUGAAACAAAGAAAGUAACUGCGGCUACUUGGGCUUGCCCUUUUGGAAGUAAAUUAGUUAUUGGAUAUAGCAACGGAGAGAUUAUAAUGUGGAGCAUUCCUUCUCCCUUUGGAGAUGUUGGAGGGAAGGAGGCACUUGCUCAGAAUGGUCCAGGUUGUAAAUUAAAUCUGGGAUACAAACUGGAUAAAGUUCCUAUUGCCAAAUUGAAGUGGGUUUAUGCAGAUGGGAAAUCAAGUCGAUUGUAUGUUCUAGGAAACUCUGACUAUCCAUCUGCAAACUUGUUACAGGUGGUUUUAAUGACAGAAAAUAUUGAGGUCCGCACGAUCAAAUUGGGGCUUCAUAUUCAAGAUUCCCCCGUUGAUUUUGGAAUUGUCGCAAGCUUUAAUUUGCAUAUGAAGCAGAAGAAUGAUUCUCUUCUUUUGCUCGGGAAGUCUGGUCACUUACACAGCUUUGACGAUAACUUGAUUGAAAGAUACCUACUACAGAGCCAAUCCAAGUCCUCACCAUCACUUCCAAAGGAGACACUGGUGAAGUUGCCAUUUGCUGAUCCAAGUAUUACUGUUGCUAAGUACAUAGUGGGCAAUCCACACUUUUCGUGUUUGAAGGAUCAGGAUUAUGACACAUUGGCAAAGGAUACCUUACCAUUUUUUCCAUUUGAUGCACAACCAAAAGAUGGAUCAAGUGCAAGAGUCUCGAAAGCCAAGAAUCUGUAUAUAACUGGACACAGCAAUGGAGCUCUAAAGUUUUGGGAUGCUACCUGCCCGCUUUUCCGAACAAUUUUAUCAUUGAGCCAACAGAGAGAUGAUGAUACUUCCUUAAGUGGUGUACCAUUGACAGCAUUGUAUUGUACCCCUGACUUACAGAUUUUAGUUUCCGGAGAUCAAAGUGGAACGAUUCGGAUUUACAAAUUUAAACCUGAGUUUUUUGCUCCAGAAGCCAGUUUCUUGACCCUACAAGGUGUCUCAAAAAAGAGCAACCUCGUCCACAGUAUUAAAACUGUGAAGGUCAAGGGAGUUGGUUCUUUCAUAAAAGCUAGUCCGGAUGCCAAAUAUCUUGCAGUUGGAUCAGAUCAAGGAUAUGUUUCACUCUUUGACAUGGAGGGACACACUUUGUUGUAUGAAAGACACUUUGAAAGUGAACUCUCAGCAGGAAUCAUCUCUCUGCAAUUUGCAUCAUGCAGCUUGCACGGCUUUGAUAAGAAUGUUAUAGUUGUUGCUACGAAGGAUUCCUCGGUGACGGCACUUGAGACUGAUACAGGAAAUUUGUUAAAUGCUAAUGCAAUCCGUCCUAAGAAACCAUUCAGAGCCUUGUUCAUGGAGAUUUGGAAUGGACGAGAAAUGUCUGGUCAAGGAUCUAACAUAUCAGACAGGACAGACAUAGUGGGAAAUUCAGAUAAUACACCAUCGAAGCAGUUUGUGGUGUUAUGUUCUGAGAAAGCUGUCUACGUCUACUCCUUAGUUCACAUUUUACAGGGUCUGAAGAAGGUAUACUAUAAGAAAAAGUUCCAUUCCUCUUCUUGUUGCUGGGCUUCUACUCUCGGAAGUCCUGAUUCUGGGAUCACUCUUCUAUUUUCCUGUGGAAAGAUUGAGAUCAGAUCCUUGCCAGAAUUGUCUCUUCUAAAGGAAACCACUCUGAGAGGCUUCAGGCCUGCAAUUCCUAAGUCAAACUCUAUUUCAAGCACUUCCAUGUGUUUCUCAGGUCAUGGUGAUAUUCUUGCGGUGGAGAGUGAUCAGGAAGCUUUUUUUAUUCACGUGUUACUUGAAAACGAUGUCUACAGGUUUUUGGACCGUGUUUCUGAAGUCUACUCAAGUGAACCAACUAUUGCAGAAGGGUCUUCUCCUACCGCUCAGAAAGAAAAGAAGAAGGGAUUAUUUGGGGUCAUUAUUAAAGAUGUUAAGGGAACUAAAACGAAGAGUGAGACUGAAAUUGAAGAUUCGAGAGCAAGUAUUGAAGCAUUGUCAAUGACAUUCUCCGCACCAAACUUCCCAUUGGAGUCAGAAAAUGAAGAAAAUGUCUGCUCAACCAAAGAUGAUCUAGAUCUGGACAUAGAUGAUAUUGAUAUCGAAGAUCCUGGUGAGAAACCUAAAGGACAUGGAGUAAUGGCAGCACUAAACAAACAGAAUUUUACAGAUAAAUUUCAGGCAAUUAAAGGUAAAUUAAAACAUAUGACCGUCAAAACUGAGAAAACACCAAAAGAAACAGUUCAGGAAGAGAAAGUAGAUUCUGUUGACCAGAUUAAGAAGAAGUAUGGAUAUGCUGCCACAGCCGAUGAAGGUCCAGGUUUUGCAAGCAUUGCAAAAAACAAGCUGAGCGAAAAUUUGAAAAAGUUGCAGGGUAUAAAUAUGAAAUCUACCGAAAUGCAGGACAGUGCAAAAUCGUUUUCUUCUAUGGCCAAAGAUGUUCUGCGAUUUGCAGAAAAUGGCAAGAAGAGUUCGUGAUCAUAUGUACAAUUUUAUUCAUUUGGUUUACCAAAAUAUAUAUAUAUGAAAAUUUUAUAGUCUAAUCGUUAAAUUUUGACUGAACCAUUUAAUCAAACUCUAACCAAUCAAAAAUAGAUACGUUUUUAAUGAUCAUAGGGUGAGAAGUAUUCUAAUAAAUCCUUAUCAAUCUUAACCCUUUUUUUGUAAAACCGUAACCUACUACCUGCUGAUCGGAU